GCAACGGUUAAAAGAACCCCCUUGCGAGGCCCAUGGAUUAUUUAUAGGCAGAAACAACAUCAACAACACUUAAUCGGUGUAUGUCUUUAUAGAAAGGAUUAGAAAGGACAAGGAGGCACCAUGUCCAAGGAUCACUGGAUGAGGGAUCUGCCGAGCGAGUUGCGCGAUCUGUCGGUCAUCAAUCUGGCUAUUCCAGUAUAGGUUCCCACAAUUCGAUGACUUAUGGCAUAAACAGCAAGUCCGAACUAUCGCCAGAUGCGGAAACUUCGAUUAGGCGGUGGCAUCGCUUCUUUCCCUGCUUCGUGCGCCGUUGGAGCAAGACGCAAUCUUCUGGGACCCUGGAGCAACUGGAGUUGGGAGUGCGGUACUUUGAUCUAAGGAUAGCCCAGAAGGAUGAUAAGUUCUACUACUGCCAUGGCCUCUUUGCCAUGGAGAUUUUCGAGCCGCUUUUGGAGAUUCGCCAGUUCGUGGACACACAUCCAGAGGAGGUGGUAAUCCUGGAUCUGCAGCACUUUUACGCCAUGACAGUGGCUUAUCACCAGCAGCUGCACAAGGAUCUGAUCCAGUUCUUCGCCCAUCGUCUGUACUCCACGGUGGAUGGUUCGCUCAAGGAUUGCACUCUGAAUAGAUGUUUGGAAAUGCAGCGCAGCGUGGUGAUCAUCUACAGGCGAUGUCCCAUUCCGCUGCCGCUGAGAUUCUGGCCCAGUUACGCGUGGCCCACACCAUGGCCAAAUAAAGCGAGUGUCAAGAAGCUGCAGUCCUUUCUGGAGGACUCCCUACUUUCGCGACAGCCCCAACAGGGUUAUGUCUCCCAGUGCCUCAUCACGCCCACUGGUCGCUAUAUCGCCUUCCGGCUCUUCUUUACCCUAAAGAGCACAGCCAAGCGAGUGGACAAGAAGCUGCAGCCUUGGAUUCAGGAACAGAUUCCAGGUCCCUUCGAGUCAAAGGACGAGCCCAGGGUAAACGUGUUCCUGGCCGACUUCGUAAGCCUUAAGGACGGACAGUUCUGCGAUUGGGUAGUUGAUCUGAACACAAAACUACUGGAGCAAUUGGCAAGGGAUAGGGAGCUGGAGUCCACUGAAAGCGUGGAAAAGCAGGAGGCCCAAGGAUGAAGAUUUCCACAGGAAAGGCAGAGGGAACACCUGGUUAUUCCCUUGUGGGACUUUUAAUAUUUUUAUAAACCAAUAUUUGGAUGUUAAUACAACGCAUGACAUAAAGUUUUUCGAAACCCGUGAUAAGCUUACGAAGAGGUGAUAAUGAAGUAAAUAAUUAUUUUAAUGCCAGAGCAAACUAUUAUGUCAGUUACGUACAAGCAUGAUUUGGAUACUAAGUUAUGUAAGACCAGAAAAUCAUAUAAAAACCAACUAAAGCUAGUGAUUUAUUUGAUAAACUA